UAAAAGCCCUACUGCGCCAUUGCUAGCAUGACGUGCACUUUUUCACGUUUGAUUUGUGAGGUCUUUAAUAAUUCUAUCAUUUUUAUUUCUAAGACAAAAACAGCCAAAGUGCUGCUCCAAGUUUCCAGUGGAUCCUUUAUAUUUAGGGAUAAUUAAAAACACAUCCGGGUCCUUGAUAGUUGCUGUUUUGAUGAUUAGUGGAAUGAUAGGAUCUAUAGAGCUCAGAAGCAAAAGUGAAAGUAUCCAUAUAGCAUAAAAAGUAAAGUAUUUCCUUAUUCGGAUAAACCGCAUGUAAAGCUGUGAAGCUGUGAAGCUGAAAAUGGGUAAUAUGCAAUCUCAGGACCACACAACUAACCAGACUAUGAAGUAUGUUACUUUUGCACUUGGAUGCACAUUAAAACAUCAUAUGGAUAUAGAACAGAAAUUCCAGGAAAUAAUUCCAGCUCUACAGAAUGUGCAGGAUCCAGAGGACUGUGAUUUCAUUAUGGCUUUCUGCUCUGUUGUUGCUAAGAAAGCAACAAAACAGAUGCUUAAAACCCUACCAGGUAACAAACCUGUAGUUCUGGUGGUGCUUCAUCAUCCAGAAUAUAUUGUACCAGUCAGCAGCAGAUCUGUAAAUAGACAGAAUACGAUCACAGUCGACUGUGUAAUCCAUGAAGAUCAGAGAUUAGUGCAGUGUCCUGAAAAUGACAAAGCAUUGUCCAAGGUUAUAAAAUUUAUUGAGGACAUUCAGGGAGGGACACCGAGUAAAAGUCCAUAUGAUCAGCCUUCUGGUAACCAGAUGUUGAAGCGUCCUCGUCUAACAUACUUCACUCCAAUGUCUGGAAACACAUUAGGACAUCAUGAGGACAUAGAGAAGAAACUUCAGGAACUAAUACCAGGUCUGCAGAAGGUGACGAAAUUGGAAGAGUCUGAUUUAGUUCUAGUUUUCUGCCCUGCUGUUUCACAAGCUGGAACUGACACUGAAGCAGGAGUAGAGAUGCUCAAUACCCAAGCAGGUAACAAACCUGCAGUUCUGGUACUGUUUCAUCACACGUUUAAUGCAGAAUUCAUUGUAUCAGACAGCAGCAAAUCUAUUAACAGUCAGAAUACGAUCACAGUCGACUGUCGGUUCCAUAAUGAUCAGGGAUUACUGACGUGUCAUAAGAACAACAAAGCACUGUCCAAAGUUGAAAACUGGAUUAAGAUCAAUCAGGAAAAGUCAACAAGAGAAAGUCCAAAUCAUCAGCCUUCUGGCAUCCAGAUGUUGAAGCGUCCUCAUCUAACAUACUUCACUCUAAUGUCUGGAAACACAUUAGGACAUCAUGUGGAAAUAGAGAGGAAACUUCAGGAACAAAUACCAGGUCUGCAGAAGGUGACGAAAUUGGAAGAGUCUGAUUUAGUUCUAGUUUUCUGCCCAGUUGUUUCACGAGCUGGAACUGACAUUGAAGCAGCAGUAGAGAUGCUCAAUACCCAAGCAGGGGACAAACCUGCAGUUCUGGUGGUGCUUCAUCACACGUUUAAUGCAGAACAUAUUGUACCAGACAGCAGCAAAUCUGUAAACAGACAUAAUACGUUUACAGCCGACUGUCUGUUCCAUGAAGAUCAGGGAUUACUGACGUGUCAUAAGAACAAUGAAGCACUGUCCAAAGUUGUAAACUGGAUUAAGAUCAUUCAGGGAAAGACAACAAGAAAAAGUCCAAAUAAUCAGCCUUCUGGUAAUCAGAUGUUGAAUAAUACAGAGAAUAAUGUACCAGACAGCAGCAGAUCUGUAAACAGACAGAAUACAAUCACAACCGACCGCCCGUUGAAUGAAGAUCAGAGAUCACUGCCAUGUCAUAAGAACAAUGAAGCAUUGUCCAAAGAUGUAAACAUCACUGAGAUCUUUCAGGAAAAGGCAUCAAGAAAAAGUAAAAAUCAUCAGCCUUCUGGUGAUCAGAUGUUGAAGCGUCCUCGUCUAACAUACUUCACUCUAAUGUCUGGAAAGACAUUAGGACAUCAUGUGGACAUAGAGAAGAAACUUCAGGAACAAAUACCAGGUCUGCAGAAGGUGGAAUUGGAAGAUUCUGAUUUCAUUUUGAUUUUCUGCCCAGUUGUUUCACAAGCUGGAACUGACAUUGUAGAAGCAUUGAAGAUGCUCAAUACCCAAGCAGGGGACAAACGUGCAGUUCUGGUGGUUCUUCAUCACACGUUUAAUCCAGAGCUUAUUGUACCAGACAGCAGCAGAUCUGUAAAUAGACAGAAUACGAUCACAGUCGACUGUCUGUUCUAUGAAGAUCAGGGAUUACUGACUUGUCAUAAGAACAAUGAAGCACUGUCCAAAGUUGUAAACUUCCUGAAUCCCAAGGGUGAUGAAAAUCCUGAAAAGAACACAUUUGGCAACUUUGGAAUAAAGUUGCCAAAAUUACCUGACAGAAUAAAGUUGCCCAAAUGGGGGUCAAAAGACACUGACAAGAGUAUAGAAAAAAGAAAACAUGAUGAAUGAUGAAUACAGAGAAGGCCAUGUCCAACCUGGACCAUCUUCCAGACCUUGAAGAUCUCGGUUUCUUCUCAAGAAGCACUGACCAACCCACUACCUAUAUAUAUCUUAAAUAAAUCAUGUUUAGAACUUGUAAGAUUUAUUCAUGUAAAAUUGACUCGUCUCCAUUAUGAUUAAUGUCCUUAAAACUGCUGAGUAUUAGCAUGUAGUAGAUGCCUGCUUUUAUUUGUGGCUCUCUCUAUUCUUCCUACAAGCAUGAACAGUGGACAAUGUAAUGUUCUUUAUGAUAAUCUUUUAAAUAUACUGAAUAAAUGAAAUACGUAACAAUUAUAGUAAGCAGUAUAUUAUGAUUUAAUAUAAUGAUUUAGUUAUGUAAAAUAAAAAUAUAUAAAUGAAACAGUAGGGUUCAUGUUGCUGUAGUAAUGCCAGGUAUGAUGCAGCAUGAUAUAACACAUUAGUUAUUGCCUGUUAUUCUGUGACAAACAAUAAAUGUUCUUAAAGCA